GAAAUGAAAUCACAUAUCAGUGCCUCUUUCUCUCUCACACCUGACUGUACUGAAAACUUCAGGAGCUGAAUGAUGCGGCUGUUUGUUUUCUUCUUACUGAUGUUAACACAAACAUGUUCAGCUUAUCCAGCAUUAAAAGUUCAACUGUUACAUAAGAGUUUGACAGACGGGUCUCAGAUGAUGUCUGUGUGGAUACAACAGAAACUGAAAAGCACUGAAAUCGCAGAUGUCCAUGGCAAGUUGGACAUCCUGAUCGGCACUGUAGACUACACUUUAUCAAAUAUAUGGAUUAGGCAGAGCAGCAUGUCAGAUCUUGUGAUGGAGUUUGUAGAGGGUACAGGUGUAUCUGUGAUGGUCAGUCAGCUGUCAUUGGCUGUCACAGGAGACUGGGCGACACACUUUGGACUCAUUCACGAUGGAGGUUCAUUUGAUCUGGCUGUGCACAACAUCAAUAUCAAUCUGCUCCUGCUGUUCAGUGAUGAUGAGUCUGGUCGCCUCUUCAUCUCCUCUGUCUCCUGCACUGAUGAUGUUGGAGGAGUAGACGUGACGUUUCAUGGUGGAGCGAGCGUUUUGUUUAAGCCCUUUGACAGUAAAAUCAGAGGAAUAAUCGUAAACACGAUUCGUGAACAGAUUUGCCCAACAAUUAAGCAAGUGAUUGAUGAUGUAGAGAUGCAUCUACAGGAGAUGCCAGUCAAAGUAGCUGUGGAUCAGUAUAUAGAUCUGAGCAUCCCUCUCACAUCCUCUCCCUUUGUGACAAAUGACAACAUUCAAUUGGAUAUAAAGGGUGAGUUCUACAGCAAAAACUCUCCGUCUGAACCGCCUUUCUAUGCUCAAGACUUUGACCUGCAGUACACAGACGACUACAUGAUCUCAUUGGGUGUAUCUGAGUUCUUCAUUAAUUCAGCAGCAUUUUCAUACUUCAGCUCUGGAGUUUUUCAGAUUAACAUUAAAGAUGACAUGAUACCAAAGAGUUUGCCAAUCCACCUAAACACCCGUCAGUUUAGCAUCUUUAUUCCACAGCUUGCCACAUUAUAUCCAGACACAGAGAUGCAGGUGCUGUUAUAUGCCAGCGAGACACCGCUGUUCUUCUUUAAUCCAGGAGAGCUGGACCUUCAUGUACCGGCAUCAGCAAAGUUCUCUGCUGUUAAACAGGAUGGCAGUCUCAUACCUCUCUUCAGACUGGAUGUGGAUGGCUUUUUCAGUGGAAACGCUCAGAUUGAAAACAAACGCCUGACCGGAGCUGUUAAAAUGAACAAUUUAACUCUGAAUCUUGGAUCAUCUGAAAUUGGUGAUUUCAAGACAGCACCACUUGAACAAGCGAUAAAGAUGGCAAUGAGCAUGUUUGUACUUCCAAAAUUAAAUGAGAAGCUGAAGAAUGGCAUUCCCUUACCUGUGCUGAAGGACUUCAGUCUGAUUAAUACUAACAUGCUCAUUAAAAACGGAUUUGUGAUCAUUUUGACAGAUGUUGAAACCACGCCAGGCAAUCUCAGCAUUUUUUUCUGGGACUAGUCAGGCCAGAAUGUGCCAAACAAAUACACACCUGUGAACUGAUCAUGUCAGAAUGAAAUAAUGAUAGAAAUGAUGGAAACUAAAUUAGAAUAUUCUUUAAUAUUCAAAUGUUCACACUGCAAAAAAUGAAUUUCUUACUUUUAUUAUUUUUUAUCUUGUUUCAGUAGAAAUAUAAAAAAAUUCUUAAAUCAAGAUGUAUUUUCUUGAUGAUCAAAUGACCCAAGAAAAUAAGUCUAGUUUUUAGACCAAAAAUAUUCAAUUUAAGUGAAUGUGUGCUUAAACCAAGUUAAUGUAUCUGCCAAUGGAGUAAGAAAAAAAAUCUUGAAAUAAGUUAACUUUUUUCUUAAACACUUAAUUAAAAAAAAUUCUCACACCAUUGGCAGAUAUUUUUGCUUUUUUUAAACACAAAUUUACUUAUGAUUUUUUUUGUCUAAAAACUAGAUUAAAUCUUGAUUUAAGAAUUUUUAUAUAUUUCUAUUGAAACCAAGACAAAAAUACUAAGUAAGAAAGUCAUUUUUUUUGCAGUGCAGCUUUAAGACUGCAUUUGGCAUAAUGCUGUUUUCUAAACAAGGUGUUUUUUUCGGUUUUGUUUUAAAAGCACUGCAGAAAAUCUGUGUCUAAAUGUAAACUCAGAAGAAAUCAUCAAUAAAACCAGUUUAUUUUCGUCAGUCUCUGUCAUUAUUG